GUUUCAAGUAGAGACUUGGGAAUGGGGAAAGACCUGAUGAGUGUAUGUAUACUCACACUUGUCUGCUGGAGACAGGGAACUCCUCAACGGCCACUCCAAACACAACUGCACAUCUUCAUUCCAUGCUGGGGUUUCUACACAAGUCAGUGAAAAAGGCUGUAUAUGGAAAGACAGAGAGAGAUAGAGAAAGAGAAGUGUACAGCAAAUAUCUGAUAUGGAGGAGAAUGAGAAAAUGGUUGGUUGGGAAAACCUGACGUCAUAAGCACAGGAGAAGCGUUUGACGUCAUACAGCGCUCAUCACAGCCAUGCGGAACUCAACGCUGUUGACGAUACUGGCAGCUGUGCUGCUGUAUUUGGUGUUGGGGGCUCUGGUAUUCGGCUGGCUCGAGUCCUACAAGGAGGAAUGUGCCCACCGCGAACUGCUAACCUCUCGAAUGGCUUUCCUACAGAACCACAGCUGCGUCACUGCUUACAGCCUGAGAGAGUUCACAGAGAAAGUGGUUGAUGCAAUUGAGGCAGGUGUGGAUCCCAGAAGCGCGUCAAAUUUCAGCAGCAGAUGGGAUCUCUCCAAUGCUUUCUUCUUCUGUGGGACCAUCAUCACUACCAUCGGAUUUGGAAACAUCUCCCCUAAGACCGAAGGUGGCCAGUUGUUCUGUAUAUUUUAUGCUCUGGUGGGGAUCCCCAUGUUUGGCAUACUGUUAGCAGGGGUUGGAGACCACCUGGGGACGCUGCUGCGAAGAGCAGUGGCAAAGAUAGAGACUCUAUUCCUGCGCAAGGGUGUGAAGCCCACCAGUGUUCGUAUAAUCUCUGCUGUCUUCUCCAUCCUGAUUGGCUGCUUAAUCUUCAUUGCUCUGCCGACCAUGGUGUUUCAGAAAGUAGAGAGCUGGAGUCUGUUGGAAGCAGGGUACUUUGUAGUGGUCACCCUGACAACGGUGGGCUUCGGGGACUAUGUGGCAGAGAACAGGAGAGAUGGCACGCCCCUGUACAAACCGUUGGUGUGGUUGUGGAUAGUGUUUGGUCUGGCGUACUUUGCGUCCAUCCUUACUAUGAUUGGGAACUGGCUCAGAGUGCUAUCCAAGAAGACACGUGCAGAGAUGGAGGAGCUGAGAGCUCAUGCCACAGAUUGGACCCAAAACAUCCAGAAUAUGUCCAUGGACUUCCGUAUUCCCGUACCGUUGGAUCUCAAUGAUCCCUUUCAGCUUCAACGGCGACGCAGAAGAAAACGCCACCGCCAUCACCGCCACCCAAGGGUGAGCACGGCUAGUCUGGCUCAUGGCAUCUCCCUAGAUGCCAUUGCUAUUCGAGAUAAUGGACAUCUGCUCGUCGGCUGGCCUGAAUCCAAGUAUAAUCCAUCAUCUGAUAUCCAGUCUGAAGCGAUGUCCCAGUCCAGGUCAUGGUCCAGAUUAGACGGGAGGUAUGAGAGGAGACAGCGAUCAAGGUUAACAGCAGGAUCUGCAGCUAGAUCCAUCUCACGGUUAGAUCUGAAACCACCGUCAAGACCCGUGUCCAGAGGCAUCUGCAGGUCUCCUUCAGGAUCAAGAUCGGGAUCAGUCUCUGGAUCCGAGACGCCUUCGAAAUCCUGGUCGGACUCCGAGUCAAAUUCCCGUAACUCAGAGGAGAUGGAAUCUGUAGCCGGGUCACAAAGGUCACUGGGAGGUGGGAAGGAUGUUCCUGUCGUCAUAGUUGCCAGCUGUACUUCGCCCCACCCCUCCCUGUUGGACUUCUUUGGCGAGAACCUGGCGUACAUUGAUGAGUCAUCAGACACUCUUAGUGAUCGAGUCAAACCAGCAGGAUCGAACCGUCCUCACAAGCCAAAGAGGAGAAGUAUGAGGAGACAGAUCUCGCACUUGCAUCCUACUGGGCUACAGAGGGAGAUCAGUAGUGAACUACAACCCAGAUCACAACCUCCAACACCUCCACCUAAUAACUGAUAGAAAUCAGCAUGCGACCAAGGAUUUUUAGUAUCCUGAAGCUAAUUCACAAUAAGGCUAGGCGAUAAAUUGAAUAUUCAUUAUAUAAUAUUGACGAUUUUUCUGACAAUAUAAAAUUGUGCAAUGUCGUGAAUAUCACCAUGAUUUUAAUGUGCUUUUUAUUUGUCCUUUAAGUUGCAUAAAGAGCAUAUCAGUAGACUAAUUUCACAAUCCUUCAGGGCUGCAUAACUAAUCAAAAUAAUGCCAAAAUGGCGAUGUGGUCAUAUGAGAUUAUUAAUCUGCAAAAUACUGUGAUUAAAGAUAGAUAAACAUAGUCUGUGUGUGCUUCAGAAUAAAUGCGUGACAUGCUGUUCUGUGCACGUGCGGGCUCAUGGGCUCGUGUUUUUAGCACUUUUAGAGCAGUUCACUUGCAUUGUUAAAGAGCAUUCGCACAAUUUCAAACAUUAGUUACCGCUACAAGUUAUAAUAAAAAUCUACAAACAUGACACAUUAAAACAGAAAAGGAGUAGAUGACAGUUUCACCAGAUGUGGACCAUUGUAAACUACACACUGCACUUUCAGUGUCAAAAUAAAAGCUCCAGCUGAAGGUGAAGUUAAUAGGAUAGAAAUAUAUUACUUUUAUAUAAAAACAAAUCUAAUCCUCAAAUUAAUAAUGAAGUAUUAUAUUUCAAUAAUUAAGUGAAUAAGUGAAGUAGCUUUUGCACACCUUGUUCAUUAACAAAAAAUUGUUUUAAUAAAAAUAUUUGAAGGUUAAUAAUGCUUUUUAUUAAUUUAAUAUGUAUAAUUUUAUAUAAAAUAUAAAUAAAAAAAGCUUAAAUCUCAAAGUUAAAUCUCAUUCUUCCUUGUGUUCAUUUAGUGAAAAACUGUGGGAAACAUGCCUUCAUUAUUUUUAAAUAGAUUUUAUUCAAUGCCUUAAAAAAAUGUAAUCUACUUGGCUACAAUAUCUGUUUGAAUGAAAUGAUGGUUCCUCUGAUUUAAAAAACAACACUGAGCCAGUUCAGAGUAAAUGCAUAAUUAGUGACAUAUACUGUAUACGGUAUAUUGAAAAUCGUCAAUAGGCUAGAAAAUAUGGAGAUAAGAUAUUUGUAGCCAUUUCGCCCAGCCCUAUUUCACAAUACUUCAUAACAGUUUUAAGAUGCAAAAUAAAGAUUAAAAGCAGACUGUAGAGCGGAGGAGGGCGGGGCCGGGCUGGAUCAACGCAUGCCUGGUCCCCAAUCAGCCUGAUGGGGGCGCUUGAGGGAUAAAGUGACAAGAGAGAGAGAGAGAGAGAGAGAGAGUCAUUCUCUCUAUCUCUAAAGCUGUCGUCCCAUCUGCCGACACGUCAUCCCUGCCUUGCUCGACCUGGGAGGAGACAGGAGGGCAAAAACAACAACAAAAACUAAACAGGCGAGGGAAAGGCCAACACGGAGCGACUGAGAGAGAGCGAGAGAGAGAGGAGAGAGAGAAAAAAAAACCUCACUCACCAGUUCACUGAU